AUGGCCAAGUGGGGAGAAGGUGAUCCGCGCUGGAUUGUGGAGGAGCGUGCCGACGCCACCAAUGUUAACAACUGGCAUUGGUAAGAUUUUGAUUGGGAACACUGGAAAUUAGCGAUAAAACGAACAAAGAAGCAUAAAGAAACAUUGCAGGUCGGAGAAGAACGCGACUCCGUGGUCUUUGAACCGUCUUCGCGAGCUUCUCAAUGGAUUUUCUGCCGAAGUAAGUGUUCUUUACUUUCAACCUUUCAAAAUUCCUGAUUCCAGGAUGGUCCGAUCGUGGUAACCAUUGAUGAAGUCAAGAAAAUUGACGGUGAGGCGACGGCAAACAAUCGCAAAGCCAAACUGAUUUUCUUGUUCGAAUGGGUGAUCGAAGGAACAUUCGUCGCUCGGAUCUCCGGCUCGGAGGACGAGUACAAAGGAAAGUUCGAUAUUCCGAACCUCAGCGACGAGAACGACGCGUCGGAAGUGGACGUGAACACUUCCCUGAGCGGAAACGGCCCUCUAAACCAUCAAAUCCGCCAAAUGCUCAACAAAUCGUUCAUUUCCAAAAUACAAGACGUCUUGGCCAUUUACAUUCGCGAGUUGAAAGAAGAAUUCAGCAAAGGAUUGAUCCUCCCGACCGAUCAAAUCAAGCCUCAAGUGGUCACGAAGGGAAAGACUACGGUAUCUGUGGACAAGAAACAGUUCCAGAAUACCGUAAUCGCCGAGAAGGACUCCACCACCUCCGGAAACGAGGUGUUCACGACUACUGAAGUUUCUGUGUCGGAUAUUUUCAAAGCGACGCCUGAUCGUGUUUUCGAGGUGCUCAGUGAGCAACAACUCGUUCGCGGAUGGUCAAACAACUCGAUCGGAGAGUGGAACUUCACCGAAGGCGGCAAUUUUUCACUUUUCGGUGGAAAUGUCACCGGAAAGUUUGUGAAAAUCGAGGACGCCAAGGAGAUUGUGACCAACUGGCGACUGAAGAAGUACCCGAACAACCAUCAUGCCACUAUUCACUUUGUUCUGAAUGAUAAUGUGAGUGAAAAACGUUUCUUCAUAUAACUGUGUGCAUUUUCAGGGCUCUGGAACGGAUAUCAAGAUCAUUGCGAAGGAGGUUCCGUCCCAUUUGGCCGAUGAGACCCGCCAAGGCCUCGACCGCUUCUAUCUGACCAGCAUCUCGCGUACUUUUGGAUUCAGUCAGCGCAUGUGA